AUGAGCCUACGUCUGGUCCCGAGAACUCUACGGAAGAGCAGUAGGGCAUUCUCUUCCACGCCUAGAGUCAGAGAAGAAGUCAUAGGUACCGUCGGACCUGCUCCUGUUCGUCGUCCAUUUUUCGGGUUCUCCGCUGCGACAUCCCUAGGACUUUAUUACCUUCAACAAGAGAAUAAAGUAGCCACGGGGUUAUUGAUGGCCAGCGUAGAUGAAUUACAACAAGGCGCAAGUAAGAUCACAUCCCAUUUAGACCGUUUACAAACCGUCGAGAAAGAAAUAGCAUCUCUGAAAACUUCUACAGCUGUUAAAGAUGAUGUAUCCAAGGUGAGGGAAGAGAUGAAGAAAGUUUAUGACGGAUUACAUAUUGAAUUACUUGAUCUUCGUGCUCAUGUUUGGGGAGUUGAACAAGAUCUUCAAAAAGUUGUCAAAACCGGUGAGUACUCGUACUGUUGA